GAUAUUCAUGUGACAGGUGUGUACGACUUGUUCGACUGCCCUGGAGUCAUGUGCAGAAGGUGUCUAUAUAUUCAGGGGCUUCUUGGUUAGCAGGGCAGUUUCUCACAGCAUGAGGAGAGGAGGCCAGAAGGACUAACGGUGCACAGGACUGUAUGCUCUUCCCUCUUUGUUGGAUUAUUACAGUUUGAAAACUACCAAAGUGACUGGUGGCAUGCUGGCCGGUUCCCUGAAGACACAGUUUAUGACCAAAGACAUUUCUAUGACAGAACCACUUCCAAAGACUAAGCUUCUUCUUGAAAAAACCUGAAACUCGUCCUCGUCCUCAAUUACAGCCCCAGACGUAAAAAUGGUUGGCAUGAAACCCACCGAGGCGGUGCCCUCCGCGGCGGUUAAGUUCUUCGGGGCGGGCCUGGCCGCCUGCAUCGCUGACCUCAUCACCUUCCCUCUGGACACGGCCAAAGUCCGGCUGCAGAUUCAAGGAGAGGCUCAUAAACUCGAAGGGGCGGUGAGGUACAAAGGCGUGUUCGGUACCAUGGCGACCAUGGUGCGCACCGAGGGCCCCGGCAGCCUCUACAACGGGCUGGUGGCCGGACUCCAGCGCCAGAUGAGCUUCGCCUCGGUCCGAAUCGGCCUUUAUGAUUCCAUGAAACAGUUCUACACCCGAGGCACAGACAACGUGGUCAAAGUGCGUUUCCAGGCCCAGGUGCGUCUGGCCGAAGGCGAGAGGAGGUACAGCAGCACGCUGGACGCAUACAGGACCAUCGCCAGAGACGAGGGCGUGCGGGGACUCUGGAGAGACACCCUGCCGUGCCACUUCACGGCGGCCUUCGGGGCGGGUUUCUGCACCACGGUGGUGGCUUCUCCCGUGGACGUGGUGAAGACGCGCUACAUGAACUCCCUCCCCGGCCAGUACACCAGCGCCAUGAACUAUUUCGGGGAGGCUUUUUGCUCCGUCCAAAUAAGAAAACAAAGAAACUUUGUGACGAUGGUUGGACUGAGACCCUCAGACGUGCCUCCAUCGGCUGCUGUGAAGUUUGUGGGAGCUGGAACUGCAGCCUGCAUCGCUGACCUGGUCACCUUUCCACUGGACACCGCCAAAGUGCGGCUCCAGUAUCGUGGGGUUUUCGGCACCAUCCUGACCAUGAUCCGCACAGAGGGGCCCCUGAGCCUGUACAGCGGGCUGGUGGCCGGCCUCCAGCGCCAGAUGAGCUUCGCCUCGGUCCGAAUCGGCCUCUACGACUCCGUCAAACAGCUCUACACCAGAGGAUCCGACCACGUUGGCCUGGGCAGCCGGCUGCUGGCGGGCUGCACCACGGGCGCCAUGGCGGUGGCUUUGGCCCAGCCCACCGACGUGGUCAAAGUCCGCUUCCAGGCCCAGGCCGUGUCCGGCCACAGGGCCAAACGCUACUGCGGCACCAUCCACGCCUACAAGACCAUCGCCAGGGAGGAGGGAUACGGCAGCGUGCUCCGCUGUGCGGCGGCCAUGAUGACCAGAGAGGGCCCGCAGGCCUUUUAUAAGGGCUUCACGCCAUCGUUCCUACGCCUGGGCUCCUGGAACGUGGUGAUGUUCGUAACCUACGAGCAGCUGAAACGAGUCAUGAUGGCAGCAAAUCCCAGAAGCACCACCCCACUGUAA